CAUUACAUUACCAUUACUGCUGAAGGAGAACAUCGUCACCUUUGUGAAGAACGAGCUGAAGAGAGUCCACAGGGUUCUGAGUCCAGAUUACCCAGAAUGCUUAGAGAGUCAGAGUGAGGAUGAAGAGCAGGGGAGAAGCUGUAAAGAGACAUUUUUGACGAUAACUCUCCACUUCCUAAGGAGAAUGAAGCAGGAGGAGCUGGCUGACUGUCUGCAGAGCAGAACGUUUGGUGCAGUGUGCCAACAAAAACUCAAAUCUAACCUGAAGGAGAAGUUCCAGUGUGUGUUUGAGGGGAUUGCUAAAGCAGGAAACCCAACCCUUCUGAACCAGAUCUACACAGAGCUCUACAUCACAGAGGGAGGGACUGGAGAGGUCAAUGAUGAACAUGAGGUCAGACAGAUUGAAACAGCAUCCAGGAAACCAGACAGACCAGAAACAACCAUCAGACAAGAAGACAUCUUUAAAACCUCACCUGGAAGAGAUGAACCAAUCAGAAGAGUGAUGACAAAGGGAGUGGCUGGCAUCGGGAAAACAAUCUUAACACAGAAGUUCACUCUGGACUGGGCUGAAGACAAAGCCAACCAGGACAUACAGUUCACAUUUCCAUUCACUUUCAGAGAGCUGAAUGUGCUGAAAAAGAAAACGUUCAGCUUGGUGGAACUUGUUCAUCACUUCUUUCCUGAAACCAAAGAAGCAGGAAUCUGCAGGUUUGAAGAGUUCCAGGUUGUGUUCAUCUUUGACGGUCUGGAUGAGUGUCGACUUCCUCUGGACUUUAAAAACAACGAGAUCCUGACUGAUGUCACAGGGUCCACUUCAGUAGAUGUGCUGCUGACUAACCUCAUCAGGGGGGAACUGCUUCCCUCUGCUCGCCUCUGGAUAACCACACGACCUGCAGCAGCCAAUCAGAUCCCUCCUGAGUAUGUUGACAUGGUGACAGAGGUCAGAGGGUUCACUGACCCACAGAAGGACGAGUACUUCAGGAAGAGAUUCACAAAUGAGGAUCAGGCCAACAGAAUCAUCUCCCACAUCAAGACAUCCAGAAGCCUCCACAUCAUGUGCCACAUCCCAGUCUUCUGCUGGAUCACUGCUACAGUUCUGGAGGAUAUACUGAAGACCAGAGCGGGAGGAGAGCUGCCCAAGACCCUGACUGAGAUGUACAUUCACUUCCUGGUGGUUCAGUCCAAACUGAAGAACAUCAAGUAUGAUGGAGGAGCUGAGACAGAUCCACACUGGAGUCCAGAGAGCAGGAAGAUGAUUGAGUCUCUGGGAAAACUGGCUUUUGAGCAGCUGCUGAAAGGAAACCUGAUCUUCUAUGACUCAGACCUGACAGAGUGUGGCAUCGAUAUCAGAGCAGCCUCAGUGUACUCAGGAGUGUUCACACAGAUCUUCAAAGAGGAGAAAGGACUGUACCAGGACAAGGUGUUCUGCUUCAUCCAUCUGAGUGUUCAGUAGUUUCUGGCUGCUCUUCAUGUCCAUCUGACCUUCAUCAACUCUGGAGUCAAUCUGAUGUCAGAAGAUCAAACAACAUCCAGGAUGUCUAAGAUCUUUGGAGACAGACAUACACUAAAACAUCUCCACCCUAGUGCUGUGGACCAGGCCUUACAGAGUCCUAAUGGACACCUGGACUUGUUCCUCCGCUUCCUUUUCGGUCUUUCUCUAGAGACCAAUCAGAAUCACAUACGAGGUCUGCUGACACACACAGGAAGUGGCUCACAGACCAAUCAGGAAACAGUCAAGUACAUCAAGGAGAAGAUCAGUAAGGAUCUGUCUGCAGAGAAAAGCAUCAAUCUGUUCCACUGUCUGAAUGAACUGAAUGAUCGUUCUCUAGUGGAGGAGAUCCAACAGUCCCUGAGAUCAGGACGUCUCUCCACAGAUAAACUGUCUCCUGCUCAGUGGUCAGCUCUGGUCUUCAUCUUACUGUCAUCAGAAAAAGAUCUGGACGUGUUUGACCUGAAGAAAUACUCUGCUUCAGAGGAGGCUCUUCUGAGGUUGCUGUCUGUGAUCAAAGCUUCAAACAAAGCUCUGCUGAGUGGCUGUAACCUCUCAGAGAGAAGCUGUGAAGCUCUGUCCUCAGUCCUCAGCUCCCAGUCCUCUAGUCUGAGAGAGCUGGACCUGAGCAACAACAACCUGCAGGAUUCAGGAGUGAAGCUGCUGUCUGCUGGACUAAAGAGUCCUUUCUGUAGACUGGACACUCUCAGUCUAUCAGGUUGUCUGAUCACAGAAGAAGGUUGUGCGUCUCUGGCCUCAGCUCUAAGCUCCUCCCCCCUGAGAGAGCUGGACCUGAGCUACAAUCAUCCAGGAGAACGAGGAGAGAAGCUGCUGUCUGCUGGACUGGAGGAUCCACACUGCAGACUGGAGACACUGAGGUUGGACCAUGGUGGACUGCACAGACUGGAUCCUGGUCUGAGGAAGUACGCCUGUGAGCUGGAACUGGACACAAACACAGUGAGCAGAAAACUCAAACUGUCUGACAAGAACAGGAAGGUGACACAGGUGACACAAGCUUCAGUCAUAUCCUGAUCAUCCAGACAGAUUUGAAUACUUGUGUCCUCAGCUGCUGUGUAGGACUGGUCUGACUGGUCGCUGUUACUGGGAGGUCGAGUGGAGAGGAGGAGUUUUUGUAUCAGUGAGUUACAGAGGAAUCAAAAGGAGAGGAGGCA